CCACAGCUUUCAGAAGCGUCGGAAGUAUUGCAUGAGAACGAGUAGAAAGUCUCACGUUAAACUGCGAGACUUGAAACCCCCCAAAUUUUGUCCGGGCCAAAAAGAGCGACAUCCGACGGGAGGACCCACUUGGAGAUGCGCAGGUCAAGCAGCGCCAGCGAGCGGGGGACGGCUUGGGCUGCUGCAGCGAGCGGGUCGUGGGCUGGGAUGGACCGGGGGAGGAGGGAGCGGUGAGGCUGUCACGUAAGCUGCCUCCUCUGGGGCCACCUCUCGGUGCGUGCGCGCGGCUUCCUGCCUCAGGUGGGAGCGUCACAGGCUCCGCUGCCGAGGCGUCAGCCGGCUCGCUCUCCCUUCCUCUCCCUCGCUCUGAGCAGGCAGCGGCUCCCUUCUCUAGGCAGUGAAAUGGAGAAGAGUUGCUCUCAGUGCCCUGAACCAACACUUGCACAGAGUCUGUGCACACUCUGCAACAAGUGGCUGUGCUACCAGUGCACAGAUGUGCAUCAGCACCAGAGACCUGCUGCCGCCUCCCACUACAUAGAGCUGCAGCAUCACCAGCGGCCUGGUGCCAGCCAGUGUGCAGACGCGCACCAGAGAGGCUCCAGCUCCCUGCCACCACCUGGACAAGGCCCGGGGUCGCAUCCUUGCCCCCUCCUCAUGUGCCACUCUCACAGACAGGAGCCCUUGGAGCUGUUCUGCGAGUCAUGUGACCUUCUGUGCUGCAGCAGCUGUCACCUGUCCUCCCACAAAAACCACAGGGUGGUGCCGAUUGGGAAGGCCCUGCAGGAUCAGCAGUGGCUGUUCGACGGCCUGAUGGUGCAGGUGGAGGAACGGAGGUCGGCCGUGGAGAACAAUGCCAAGCAGAUAGAGGACAGACUUCACGGCGUAAAGAUUGCGCACAGGAAGGCAGAGAACCAGAUUAAAAUGGCAAAGAUGAUUAUGAUGAACGAGCUUAACAAACGAGCCAACCUAUUAAUAGAGCAACUGGAGAAAAUCUCGGAGGACUUCCAGCAGCGCCUGGAAGACCAGCUGCAGGGCGCGAUCGAGACGUGCGGCCAGCUGGACCACGUUCAGAAGUUCAUCACGUGGGCCACGACCCAUCACUGCAAAGGCCCGGUGCUCUUCAGCAGGGCGCUGACUUCACUUCAAAUGCAGCAACUGCUCGAGCCGUCGUUGCAGUCAGACGCCUGGAGUCCCGUUAAGAUCAAAUUCAACUGGGACGCCAGUUACUGGACAAAGCAGAUUUCCUCUCUAGGUCAGCUGACGGUGGAGGGGGGAACCUGCACCUAUCCUCAGAGCUUGGCCUGUUCCAGCAUUAGGGGACCUCCGGCUAACACCUGCAUGACUCUGCCAUCGGCGUGCAGCAGAGGACUGGAUCCGGGCUGCGGCUACCCGGUCUGCUGCGAGCCCCAGAUGUGGUGCCUGCACGGCUUUCCCCCUCAGACCGACCGGCCCAGUUUGGACAAAGGCCAGCUGGAGGCCUCACUUUACAACCCCAGUUGCGUUCAGCCUGCUCUCAUGUCCGGCUCCAUGUAUCAGAGCCAGCGGUUCCAGAAGUGCUGGGGCAAAGAGAAGGAUGAGCAGAGGCAAGGCCUUGCCCCUGCGUCACCAGUCAAAGGAUCCAUACAGCUGAGCUACAGCCGAGGGUCCGCAUCCCAGCUGCAGGCGGCCGACUCCCACCACCAGUCACAGUCAAAGUCUUACCCUUCCUAUCUGCAGCAGCAGAGGGAGGUCCUCCCAAGCAGCCAGCUCAGCUGGGAGAAGAGAUGCCGAGCGGAGGACGCUCACCGGCAGGAAGGCAGAGGGCUGUUGAAUGAGGAGCUGCAGCAGGAGGACGGGAGGCAGCAGAGUCCUGUGCAGCACAGAACCAGACCGGGCCUGAUGAUCAGAGAGCACAGGGACGGCAGGAGAUCCACCUCCCUGGGGCUGCCGGCGACGGCCCGCGACCGCGCGUCCCACGCUGCCGAGCGGCGGCACGGGCCCCGCGGCGCCGUGCGCCGGGAGGAAGAGGCGCUCCCAGAGCAUCCCGGCGGAACUGGCAGCCCGCGCAGCGGCCCCGGCGCCGACGGGCCCAACGCUGACGGGUCCAACGCUGAUGGGCCCAACGCUGACGGGCCCAACGCUGACGGGUCCAACGCUGACGGGCCUGCAGGACACACGCUCAGCCUGGAGGCAGGAGCCGCACGCAAGUUCGCCAGCGUGGACCCCAGGCAGCGGAGAGCCUCUGAUGGGCUGCUUUGUGUCGUCAAGGAAGCUUCGUCCGCCUCCUCCAGAGUCCAUCGGUUUCCCCUGCUGACCUACAAGACCGAGCCAGACCAGUCUUUUACUUAUGUGAAUGAAGAGCUCGAUUUCGAGGCGGGGGAGAAAUUCCGGUCGUCAAGAAGCGACCACAGCAGCAAUGGAGGUGCUCAGAAGGACUCGGCCCGGCCCAAGGUUCCCGUGGUUUGCUUAGAGCGCCUCAAAAUACUCGUGUCUCAGCUGCCUCCACACGGCCGACGCCAGAGCGACCCUCUACCUGCCAGCGCGCUCCAGACUGAGGCUCCGCCACAGCCCAGGACCUGGAGCCACGUCAGGCCCGAGGGAAUGGAUGGAGGCUCUGAGACCGGUAUGACCGCACUGCAAAGAACCUCAACUCAGUCCGACAAACUCUCCACCGAUAGUGAGUUCAACAUCCACGACAGACUCAGCUUUCAUACGGCGUCCACGCAGACCUCCGCUGACCUCAAAUAUGUGCCACAGAGUUACUCUGCACUGGAUCUGGACUCUGACUCUGACCUCAGGUCAGUCUCAGAAGAUGCAGCCGUUUCUCAGGUGGAACCGAAUCCGCAGCGGGACUCUGACCUAAACGUAGAGUCCUUAUCUGAGGCAGAACAUGAAUGUGCGGCCGGGGGGAAAGCGGCGGCUGCGGGGGAGACGGGCGCCUGCGCUGAACCCGCUGUUGCAGCAGAUUCAGAGCCGAGUCUGGAGUAUGAGGCGGAGCCCGAAUCAGACGCGGGCGUGGGAUCAGAGGAGUCGGGAGAUGCCGAGACGGAGUCCGACCUCCAGCCGGGGUUUUAUCCCGGGUUUCAGGCCGACACAGACUCGGACAUCGUUUCCGACCAGCACCCGGAUUCUGCCGGAUUCGUGGAGUCUGAACUCGACAUCGACUCGGAACCCGAAGGGACGACCGACGAACCGCAGCCGCUUCGCUCUGACCUGGAGGAGGACUGUCGCAGCGGAGCUGGACAGAGGCAGCUUUUGAUCGCAAACCCCGCGCCGGAGCCGGAGCCGGAGCCGGGGGAAGCCGGGCCGGAGCGGGACCACGCCCAGAUGGAGAACGAGGACUUCUGCGCCGUGUGUCUGAUCGGAGGAGACCUCCUGUGCUGCGACCGCUGUCCCAAAGUCUUCCAUCUGUCCUGCCACAUCCCGUCUCUGCUGAGCUUCCCCUCAGGAGACUGGGUCUGCAGCCUGUGCAGGGACGUGCUGCAGCCAGAGGUUGUGUACGACUGUGAGAACGAGAGAACGCCUAAAGAACAGUCGCCGGCGCGCGGACUGUCGGCACGCGACCAGAGAAAAUGCGAGCGGCUCACCCUUCUGAUCCUCAGUAACAUCCUGAGCGCUCCCUUCCACGAGCCCGUCAGUCCACUUGCUCGUCAUUAUUACCAGAUCAUCAAGAGGCCAAUGGACCUGUCUGUGAUCAGGGCCAAGCUCCGAGGGAGGAACGCUCCCAGCUAUAACUCACCAGAUGAGUUUGUUGCCGACGUCUAUCUCAUGUUCCGCAACUGUGCAAAGUUCAAUUAUCCCGACUCGGAGGUGGCCCAAGCGGGCCGCAGCCUGGAGGCCUUCUUCACGUCCAAGCUCCAAGACGUUUUCCCAGACGCGGCGUUCCCUGCGGCUGAGGCGGACUCUGACAGCGAUGAGUACGACGAGGCCUACAGGACGGCUGAUGGAGGGUUCCCCUGGCCAGAGAGGAGGGAGCAGUGCCACAGGAAGAGGAAGAGGAGGCACUCGGUGAAGCCGAGGAGGCAUCACUUCUAGUGAGCGACAAGUGAGCUGUUUUUGCGUGUAAUUAUACAGUUUUUCUAUGGCAGCUUGUGGGGCCUGAACGGUGUUUCCGUCCUGUUGUCAGAGAGGAGCCCUGUGGGGUUUGCAAUAAAGUCCCAGCGCUGCCAUCUGAUGGCAGACGAGCGUAUUGAAACAACAGUCGGAUUAAAUACUAACCACUGCAAGAGUGAUUUUUAUUACUGCAGAGGAGCAAGAAGUGUAAAAACGAGAAGGUUUUUUAUUAUAACAUUCUUAGAUCUUCAGCUCUCACGUCAUAGUAAGGAGCCGUCAAGAAACUUGUUACUUAUCAUAAUUCCACCUCUAAUGCACUAGAAAAUUGCUUUUAUUUGUAUUCAAACGUCCCGAAUAUCACACCCUGUAUGUUUAUUGCUUCAUUCUACAACAUGGAUGCCGUAGAAGAAUGUUAACUAGUCUCUCUUUGCUUUAUCAAGUAGUCUUCUUUGGUGAACAUGGCCCUGAUUCUACAUAGCACUUUCAAAGUUUGAUAUGAGUAAAGCUUAAGAACGUGGUAAUCCUAUUUACUAUAUUCGUAAAGGCAAACAUAUAUAAAUGUGUAACCGUAGAAAGCUUUAUUUUGCUAUAUUUGUCAUUUAACUAUGAAACCGUACAUUUAAACAUACAGUUACUUUAGUUUGUGCCAGCGUUACUGCAUCUAGAAUUACUCAAAAUGUCGCUCUCUUUUGUUAUGGGAUUAAUAACUCAGGCUUAUUAAAAGUAUAAAGUAGUAAUGCCAUUCAGUAUUGAACAUCAUAACAACCCCCUUCGAUGUUUGUCGUGCCACGGACAUUUUGCAAUAUCAAAGCUGUUGUAGCACAUUCCUGUUUUUAAAUAUACUUGCAGCUUGAAAUAGUCGAAUUACUGCACAAAGUAUUGCCUGUGUGUUACUUACAGUCAACAUCGUCAAGAGUGAAUAUACAGUAAAUGUAAUGUUACUUCUUUUAAAAUCGAUAGCUGUUAAACUGUCACGGUUUGUCUAUUUUUUACUGUAGCAGACAAUGAUAAAUGCACAAUUAUUAAUAUCAAUAAACUGCUUUGAAGGCAAA